CGGUCGCCAUUUCUAUCGGUUGCGGGUCCUCACGCGUUGUAGUCCGCCGGGACAAUGAGCUAUGACUACCACCAGAGCUGGGGCCGCGAUGGUGGCGGCCGUGAGGGCGGGCCCCGCGGCUCCGGCGGGGGCUAUGGAGGAAGCCACGGCGGGGGUCACGGGGGGAAUCGAGGCUCCGGCGGCGGCGGCGGCGGCGGCGGAGGGGGUGGGCGAGGAGGCCGAGGCCGACAUCCCGGGCACCUGAAAGGCCGCGAAAUCGGCUUGUGGUACGCGAAGAAACAGGGGCAGAAGAACAAGGAAGCCGAGAGGCAGGAGAGAGCCGUAGUACAUAUGGAUGAACAUCGAGAAGAACAAAUUGUACAGCUACUACAUUCUGUCCAAGCUAAGAGUGACAAAGAUUCAGAAGCACAGAUAUCCUGGUUUGCUCCAGAAGAUCAUGGGUAUGGUUCUGAAGCUCCUGCUGAGAACAAACCAAACUCAGAGAAGAAGUUGGAGGAUCGGGAAAAAAAAGUGAUAAAUCAAGAAAAGAAGACAUUUAGAAUCAGGGACAAAUAUAUUGACCGAGAUUCUGAGUAUCUCUUGCAAGAAAAUGAACCAGAUAUAAACUUAGACCAACAGUUAUUGGAAGAUUUACAAAAGAAAAAAACUGACCUUCGGUAUAUUGAAAUGCAGCAUUUCAGGGAAAAGCUGCCUUCAUUUGGAAUGCAAAAGGAAUUGGUAAAUAUGAUCGAUAAUCAUCAGGUGACAGUAAUAAGUGGUGAAACUGGUUGUGGAAAAACCACUCAAGUUACUCAGUUCAUUUUGGAUAAUUACAUCGAAAGAGGAAAAGGAUCUGCAUGCAGGAUAGUUUGUACUCAGCCAAGAAGAAUUAGUGCCAUUUCUGUUGCAGAGAGAGUGGCUGCAGAAAGGGCAGAAACUUGUGGCAAUGGUAAUAGUACUGGAUACCAAAUUCGUCUCCAGAGCCGGUUGCCAAGGAAACAGGGUUCUAUCUUAUACUGUACAACAGGAAUCAUCCUUCAGUGGCUUCAGUCAGACCCGCAUUUGUCCAGUGUUAGUCAUAUUGUGCUUGAUGAAAUCCAUGAGAGAAACCUGCAGUCAGAUGUUUUAAUGACUGUAAUUAAAGACCUUCUCAAUUAUCGACCUGACCUGAAAGUAAUAUUGAUGAGUGCAACAUUGAAUGCUGAGAAAUUCUCAGAAUAUUUUGGUAACUGUCCAAUGAUACACAUACCUGGUUUCACUUUUCCAGUUGUGGAGUAUCUUUUGGAAGAUAUAAUUGAAAAAAUAAGAUAUGUUCCAGAACAAAAAGAACACAGAUCCCAGUUUAAGAGGGGUUUCAUGCAAGGGCAUGUAAAUAGACAAGAGAAAGAAGAAAAAGAAGCAACCUAUAAAGAACGCUGGCCAGAUUAUGUAAGGGAACUGCGGAAAAGGUAUUCUGCAAGUACUGUAGAUGUUUUAGAAAUGAUGGAUGAUGAUAAAGUUGAUCUGAAUUUGAUUGCUGCCCUUAUUCGCUACAUUGUUUUGGAAGAAGAGGAUGGUGCAAUAUUGGUCUUUCUACCAGGCUGGGACAAUAUCAGCACUUUACAUGAUCUCUUGAUGUCACAAGUGAUGUUUAAAUCAGACAAGUUUCUUAUUAUACCUUUACAUUCACUGAUGCCUACAGUUAACCAGACACAGGUGUUUAAAAAAACCCCUCCUGGUGUUCGGAAAAUAGUAAUUGCUACCAACAUUGCGGAGACUAGCAUUACCAUAGAUGAUGUAGUUUAUGUGAUAGAUGGAGGAAAAAUAAAGGAAACACACUUUGACACACAGAACAACAUCAGUACUAUGUCUGCUGAGUGGGUUAGUAAAGCUAAUGCCAAGCAAAGGAAAGGUCGAGCUGGAAGAGUUCAGCCUGGUCAUUGCUAUCAUCUGUAUAAUGGUCUUAGAGCAAGCCUUCUAGAUGACUAUCAACUGCCAGAAAUCUUGAGAACUCCUUUGGAAGAACUUUGUUUACAAAUAAAGAUCUUAAGGCUAGGUGGAAUUGCUCAUUUUCUGAGUAGGUUAAUGGACCCACCAUCAAAUGAAGCAGUGUCACUCUCCAUAAAACACCUGAUGGAACUGAAUGCUUUGGAUAAACAAGAAGAAUUGACACCUCUUGGAGUCCACUUAGCACGAUUACCAGUUGAGCCACACAUUGGAAAAAUGAUUCUUUUCGGGGCUCUGUUCUGUUGCUUAGACCCAGUCCUCACCAUUGCUGCUAGUCUCAGCUUCAAGGAUCCCUUUGUCAUUCCAUUGGGGAAAGAAAAGGUUGCAGAUGCAAGAAGAAAGGAAUUGGCAAAGGAUUCUAAAAGUGACCACCUGACAGUUGUGAAUGCAUUUGAGGGCUGGGAAGAAGCUAGACGACGUGGUUUCAGAUACGAAAAAGACUAUUGCUGGGAAUAUUUUCUGUCUUCAAACACACUGCAGAUGCUGCAUAACAUGAAAGGGCAGUUUGCUGAGCAUCUUCUUGGAGCUGGAUUUGUAAGCAGUAGAAGUCCUAAAGAUCCAAAAUCCAAUAUAAAUUCAGAUAAUGAGAAGAUAAUUAAAGCAGUCAUCUGUGCUGGUCUAUAUCCCAAAGUUGCUAAAAUCCGACUAAAUUUGGGUAAAAAAAGAAAAAUGGUGAAAGUUUACACAAAAACUGAUGGACUAGUUUCUAUUCAUCCUAAAUCUGUUAAUGUGGAGCAAACAGACUUCCACUACAAUUGGCUUAUCUAUCACCUGAAGAUGAGAACCAGUAGUAUAUACUUGUAUGACUGCACAGAAGUUUCCCCAUACUGUCUCCUGUUCUUUGGAGGUGAUAUUUCCAUCCAGAAGGAUAAUGAUCAGGAAACUAUUGCUGUAGAUGAAUGGAUUGUCUUUCAGUCUCCAGCAAGAAUUGCCCAUCUGGUUAAGGAAUUAAGAAAGGAACUAGAUACCCUUCUGCAAGAGAAGAUCGAAAGCCCCCAUCCUGUUGAUUGGAAGGACACUAAAUCCAGAGACUGUGCUGUGCUCUCAGCUAUUACAGACUUGAUCAAAACACAGGAAAAAGCAAUUCCCAGGAACUUUCCGCCACGACUCCAGGAUGGAUGUUGCAGCUGACACCUUUUCUGUGGUGGUCGGAAAAGCCAAUUUGAUAGCCAUCUUCCAUCAUAGUUUAAUGCUUGGCUAAAUGCCAAACCCUGGGACAUGAAUAAUUUUCAUGUGUAAGGUAGAAACCUUCAGUAGAUAGUAAAGACUUGCUGUGCAUGAGUUUGCAAUGUUAUCUGUAGCUAUUAUAAAUAUUCCAUAAAAACAAUGUGUUCUCUGGUCAUAUACUCUGUGUGGUCAUACACUUUGGGAUUAUUCCUCUUAUAAAUAGUGUUGUACCACUUGAGAAAGUCCUAUCUCUGUUAUGGAAAAAAAAAUUUUUUUCUGCCCAUAAUGACUGAGUAUAGAACUGGUAAAAAUAGAAUGCUUACCCAAAAGGCAGUGUCAAGUAGGAAUUUGAACACAGCCACAUUUUUUAAAUGAAACUUCUAUCAGAAGUUCAUUUGUUCUAAUAAAACCCAGUAUUUAAUAAAAUGUACAAUGUGUAAAUCUCCGCUACCCUUUUGGCUUGGUUUCUACCUCUCCCUUGGUUUAUUUGAUUUUUUAAAAAUCUUUUUAGAAUAUAUUCAUUCCUCUUUUACAUCACCUUGUGCAGCAUAAGGUAGCAAUUGAGAGCAUGAGUGUGGUGUGGAGUCUGACUCUAAGUUAAAAUUUCAGCUGUCACUUCGCUUCUGUUUCCUUAUCUGUAAAAUACAGGUUACAUUGUGAGGUUUGAAUAUGUUAAUGCACAUAAAGUACAUAGACUAGUGUCUGGCAUGUAGAGUAUGCUCACUAAAUCUUAGGUAUUAUUUGUCCCUGAAAUAUAUUUUUAUCAUAGUCCAUUAUAGUACACUUUUUUUUCAUACUCUGAGUGCUAGUUUACCCUCUCAGCCAGUGGACGUUAGUGUGACAUGUACUGUAUGUUUUUUAGCCCUAUCCAGUUGUGAGAAAUACUGGUUAUUAUCCAACAGCCAUUCUAUCCCUCCCUCUUACUUGCUUGUUCAAGCAUUCCCUCUCUGUGCAGACUUGUGCCCAAGGAUGUUGGACCCUUCAUGGUCUUAUUCCCCUUUUAAGUAACUGAUAAGGCAUGACUACCCUGGCCAAUGAAAACAGAUCUGCCAGGGGCGUAGGAGAAAGAUUUCCCCCACUUAGAGACUUAGCGCAGAAGUUCUGCUUUCCUUGUUUGAAUGAGAACUGCUGCAGUCAUUUUAUGGUCACAAGGUUGGCUCACUGGGACAGGGGUGAAAAUCAUCAGUCCUUGAUAACGCUAGUGAGCGGCUGAAUUAUCCAAACCGCCUUCCCUACUCAUGGAUGCCAUAAAUCUUUCAUUGAAACACAAACUAUUCAUCAUCAAGCAUUGUUAGCUGAGCGUUGUUUUUACCAUUUAUUUUGUGAUUUAAUCGUUUGACCCAUAUGUCUGAUAAAAGGUAUGAAAGUGGUGGUACUGGACAUAUUGCAAAUAGAAACAUCAAGAACCUCCUACUAUACUCUAAAUAAAAGCUACAAAUCUUACUGUGCCUUCCAGUAAAUGCAAAGAAACCAAAGGAAGAGUAUCUUACAAUGCCUGGGAUUUCCUGAUAAUGACAUGAUGAUCUGUUAACAGCAUUGGUUCAGGUACUGCUCCGGGAGUGGGUGUCAGCCCUACCAUUGCCUUCCAAGGUUUUGAAUAUCCUGUGUGUCCUAAGUCCAUUCUCUUGGCUACUCUCCCAAAAGUGACCUGUCUCUCACUGUUCUUGAGUCAUGUCACAAGAUUGUAGCACCUUAGUUUUGCCCCUAAACUCAAGAUGACCAAUUAGGUCCUGUUCUAAAGAAUGACUUUUUGCUUUUCCUAUACACAGUUGGCCAAAAUGGUCUUGACAGAAAGCAUUUUUUAAAACCUGUAAAACAAGAUUACUAGUUAGUUGGUUCCUAUGUUUGCGAACCAAUAUUUGGUCUCCAUAUAAAUAGAAAAAAAUGUUCCUGAAGAAUUGUUUUAAUAGAUGAGCUACUCGAAGAAAUUAAGCAGUUCCCACCCCCGAUUUAUGUAUUCUCUACAGCUGGUCAGAAUGGAAAUUCUAAUUGAAGGUGCUAUUUUUGCUCUCUUUCUUUUGUUUACAAAAUAGGGUGUUACUGAAUUGAAAUUGUAUUCCAGGUCCGAGAACUAUUUCCUUGGUAGUUUUAAAGAACAAGGCAUUAAAUUAAGAUGAAAACGUAUUUGCCUCACUGUUCUGAGUGAUACCGAGGAUAACUCUUGAACAAAUAACCCUGAAACAGAAACUUACAAAAUAAGGUGUAAACCAAUCACUGAAUAAUCAUUAAAAACGUCUUUAAAAAGUGGGUCCUUGUGACACCUUCCUAAUUCAUUAACUAGGACAAAAGCUCUAGAUACCAGCGGUUUUCAACCAUUUUCAUCUCAUGGCAUACAUAAACUAAUUAAAAUUCUGCAGCACAUCAAAAAGUACAUUUUUUGCCGAUCCGACAAAAAAAAAGGCAUGAUUUUGAUUUAUUCACACUGGACAGCUAUUCUUGUGUUGGCUAUUGUCAUUUUGACAGUCUUAAGGGAAAAGAAGUCAGUGCCCCUGACUAAAUCAUCAGGUAAUGCAUGCUUUUAAAAUUCUUGCUGCAUACUGGUUGAUAAUUGCUGAUUUAUACCGAUAAUUACAAAUGAUUUUCUCUUACUGCAUUUUUAAAACAAAGUCCACCCUAAGUUACAAAUUCCUUAAGAAGGAAUUUGCUUUAAUACCCUCUCACCCAAAGUAAAUGGCAAUUUUCCUUCCACUUUUUAGCUCUGAGUUUGUGUAUAUUUAUUUUUAAGUAAUUGUGAUUAUGUAGUAAAAUCAUAUUUUAUAAUACAUUGUUUUUAAAUGGCAUUUUUAUUCUGAUUUUAAAACAAUAUAUAUCAUUGUAGACUUUAGAAAUUAAACUAGCAUUUUACCCACUUUUAUAUAUUUACAUCUUUUUUAAGCUUUAAGGCAUUAUUUUAUAUAUAAUAAAAUUAGCCAAGUUAAGUGUAUAAAUCUGUGGAUUUUGUCAAAUGUAUGAAGUCAUGUAUUUGCUACCACCAGAAGCUUGAUAUAAAACAUUCCCAUCACCUAAAAAUUUACUUUGUUGCCCUGUCCGGGUAUUUCAAGCUGGUUGUAGCAUUGUCCCAUACACCAAAGGUGGCAGGUUCGAUUUCUGGUAAGGGUGCAUGCAAGAGACAGCAGAUUGAUAUUUCUCUCUUACAUCGAUGUUUCUCUCUACCCGCCCUCCCCUCUCUAAGAUCAAUUUUAAAAACAUAUCCUUGGGUGAGGAUUUUUAAAAAAAUAUUUCCCUUGUUCUCCUUUAUCAAUCUCCUGCCCCCCACUUUCCAUUGGCAACCAUUGAUCUGCUUUGGUCACUAAUGUUUUUACCUUUUCCAGAAUUUCAAAUAGAUGGAAUUAUAUGUAGUCUUUUGUGUUUGGCUUCUUUCCCUAAACAAUGGUUUAGAGAUUAUUUAUGUUGCAUGUAUCAGUAGUUAGCUUCUUUUUUAUUGUUUAAUAGUUUGCAUUGUAUGGUUAUACCAGUUUGUUUAUAAACUCACUUGUUGAUGGACCUUUGAGGGUUUUUUUCCUGUUUUUUGCUGUUAUAAAUAAAGCUGCUAUGAACAUGUGUAUGCAAGUCUCUGUAUGGAUAUAUUUUAUUUCUCUUCAGUAAAUGCCUGAUUAAGA